AUGUCUCUUCCUCUGCCACCUCGUGUGGACCCCAAAAUAUGGCAGAUAUGCGUUGGCCCCGACGUCAAGAUUCCGAAGAUUCACUCUAAAGUUUACUACUUCCCACGAGGUCAUCUGGAACAUGCAUGUUCUUCCCCUACUGCUGCCACAAGAACCAUUCUUGAUCGUUACCGUUCAUCCAUUCCAUGCAUCGUCUCUUCCGUUGAUCUCUUUGUUGAUCCUCACACCGACGAGGUCUUUGCCAAACUGCUCCUGACUCCCGUAACUGACCAAGAACCCCCUCCUCCUGUAGUUCCCGGCCAAGAAGACGAUGAUGGAGACAAUCUUGUUUCCUAUGUCAAGACUCUCACACAAUCUGAUUGUACACGAGUAUUAUGCGUACCUAUCGAAUGCUCUAACUUGAUCUUUCCAAAGCUUGAUUUGGACAAGUCUCAGAGCAUCACUGUCACCGACCUUAAAAACCAAGAAUGGAGGUACACAUAUACCUAUUCAAAUUCCAGUAGAUUACAUACUGGCUGGUUAAACUUUGUACGAGAGAAGAAACUCGUCGCCAACGAUUCUGUUGUUUUCAUCAAAAACUCUGCCGGAAAGAUAUCUGUCGGAAUUCGCAGGAACACCAAGUUCACUACAGAUGAAGCGGCUGAAGGAAGCGAGAAUUUAACUGAUGAGAUUAAGGUUUUGGAUGCAGCGGAAUUGGCGGAGAAGAACACAGCAUUUGAUGUUGUGUAUUAUCCGACAGCUAGUGGUUGGCGUGAUUUUGUGGUGGAUGCUAAGACUGUUGACGAUGCCAUGAAAAUUGGUUGGAAAUCUGGAAUGAGAGUGAAGCUUCCUUUGAAGAAAUAUGAAUCUUCAAAUUCAAAGAUGACAAUUUCUCAGCUUAAGGGAACAAUCUCUUUUGUCUUUAACCAUUCUUCUAACGUCCCUAAUUGGCGCAUACUUGAGGUUAACUGGGAUGGACUUGAUAUCCCGCAGAUUCCAAACCUAGUCAAUCCUUGGCAGGUUGAAGUUUACAACAUACAUGCACCUUCGACUUCCUCCUCCACCGUCAACAAUCCUAGACUUGCUGAGAGUUCAUCCCCCCAACAAAUUCCAUAUUCAAUGCCAGGGACGAGUGGUACUUUGCCUGACACAUAG